AUGACAAACUCUACAGUUACUCUUGAUGUAGUAUUUAAUCUUUUUUCUUUUAUUAUCGAUACAAUUAGUUUUUUUGUUUGUUUGAUACUUUUAUCUGCCAUUAUUUAUCGUAUUAUCGAAAUUAAAUAUAAACAUGGUCAAUUAAGGAUUGAUAUACCAUUAAUUCUUACUAUUAACAUUAUUUGUUCUAUUCUGAUUAAAAGUAUUUUACAAAUUAUUCAUGUAACUAUUCCAACAUUAAUCAAAGAUUAUCAAAUAAUUAGUAAUUUUCAGGAAACAUCUUUCUCUCGGCUUCGAGCCUAUAUACUUUGGUCAGUGGUUGGUGUAUUAUAUUGGAGUUAUACUCUAUUAGCAUUCUUUCGAUUUACUCGAGUUAUUUAUUCCACAAAACGAUGGCUUCAUCGAUCAUCACUUUAUUCAUAUAUACUUAUUCCUUGUCAAUAUGUAUUUGCAUUCAUUAAUAUGUUACCAUUACUUGUUAUAUUUAAUAGUUUACAUCUGAUUCCAAAUGAAGGAUAUUGUGGUGUUAGCUUUAAAGAAUUAUAUCCAACAUUUUAUGUAACUAUUAUGAACUAUAUGUUACCGAUUAGUAUUAUAAGUAUAUUUUACGUUUGCAUUUUUCGAAAAAUGCGAGAAACAACAGCAAUACGUCAAGAACAAGAAUUAGAUAGACGAGAUUAUAUUGUCAUACGUCGUAUGUUGUUUACUAUAGCUACUCUCAGUACAUUAUCAAUUCCGUAUACUAUUGUAUAUAUAUUAAGUAUAAUUACAAAUCAAAAUGGUUCAAUAUUUUAUCGUAUUCAAUGGUUUUCAGCAUCUAUUUGUUCUUGUUUAUUUUCACUGACACUUCCAUUGAUCAAUACACAAUUAUCGAGUUUUCUAAGAUCAAAUAGACUGACACCAGUAAAUCAUCAAGCGUAA